AUGGACGCCACCUCUUAUCCUGUUCACGAGGCUGCUCGUGACGGCAAGCCACUCAUCGUGUCGGGGCUUUUAUCGGAAAACAACAAACUUGCCACUUCCAAGGACUCAGACGGCAGAACGCCCUUACAUUGGGCGGUGGCGAUGAACCACGAGAAUAUCGUCGACUUGGUGCUUCCCUUCUUAAAAAAUAUCGAUUUGGACGACUUGGUCGACGACUCGGGCUGGACGCCCGUGCACAUUGCCUGUGGCGUGGGCAACAUCUCGAUUCUCUCGAAAUUGAUGGCUCACGAUCCACAGCCAGAUAUCAACUUGGCCACGUCCACUGGCGUCACGGGGCUCCACGUGGCCGUGAGCAAGAACCACUACGAGCUUGUGGAAAAGCUCUUGAAAGAUUACAAGGCGCUGGCGAGAAAGAGAGACUCCAGGGGCCAGACGCCGUUACACAGGGCAGGAGCGUGUGGCAGCAGCGUGGCGGUGAAAGCGUUGGUCGAGGCAGGCGUCAAUGUGAAUGCUACAGAUAAGGACGGGUGGACGGCGUUGCACCAUGCGUUGGCCGAGGGCCAAGGGGACGUGGCGGUAUUGUUGGUGGAGUUGGGGGCACGGAAGGAUGUGGAGGGCAACGAGGGGGAGAAGCCGGUGGAUGUUGCUGGAGAGGCGGUGAGGAGGUAUUUUGAGCUGCACGUGUGA